AUGGACAACUUAUUAGCUGCCAUCACCAUAUUGAUCCAAACUCAACAAGGAUUGACAGAUGCCCUCAACAUAGGAGAGAAUGCAAAUACCAAUACAAAUAUAGCACAGCUUGUCCCUAAUAAUAAUAACAACACCCCAAAGAUUAGUAUUAGAAUCCCAAAUUACAAAGGCGAACCACAAGAAAAUAUUCUCAAAAAGUUACGACAAACUGAGUCUGUCCAGGACUAUAGAAUACAAUUUCGUAAUAUCAUAGGACAAAUCGAAGACAUGAAUGAAAUUGAUAAAGUUACUUACUUUAUCGAAGGCCUUAAACAUGAAACUUGA